AUGAACAACAACAACAACAACAACAACCAGCAGCAGCAGCAGGGCAACCGGCUGCAGCUGAACUUUGGCUUCAAUGGCGGUGAUCGGAACAACCAAUACCAGCAGGAGGCCGGCAGAGCGUUCCCUACCACCCCGUCGACGUUCCCGCAACCUGUAUACCCAAACCAGGCUGGCCAGCAAGAGGUUUGGGGCGCCCAGCAGCAGGGCAAUGGCUACAGUGGCGGCGGGGGCUACUUUGUGAACCCCUACCAGCAAGCACAGUAUCAAGGACAGCAGGGGAACCUCCAGGCCCAAGGCAGCCAGCGCUUCGACCAAAGUGCCAACGGCCUCGCCCAGCAACUCUCACACCAGCACCUCGGGGGUAGCGGCCGCUCCGGUGGCCCCUAUGGCCGGCAAGGCUCUCCGAACCCUCCGACGCGCCCUCGCACAGCCGACAGCAGAGGGUAUGGCUACGGUAGUCAAGGCGGCUCCGCACAACGGCCGGUUUCGCUGUACGACGAGGAGGCUCCGCAAAGGAACCCGGCCAAAUACUCCGAGAACGUAGAGAAGCAGGCCAUGGUUUCCAAGAGCCUCAUCAAUACCUUCUUCAAGGACAGCGUCCAGCGAGCACGCGAUAGGAACCAAAGAGCACUCGAACUCGAGGCCCUGAUGAAGGAGCCUUCCAUUUCCGACAGCCGGAAAGCGAGCAAGGAGGCCAGCAUGCGCCGCGCCGAAGUUGAAUACCUGCGGUUUUUGCGAACAAAGGAGAAGCCGGACAACUUUACCACGCUCAAGAUUAUCGGCAAGGGUGCCUUUGGAGAAGUCAAGCUCGUCCAGCGACGCAACGAUGGCAAGAUUUAUGCGCUCAAGUCGCUUGUCAAGCAGGAAAUGUUCAAAAAAGACCAGCUGGCGCACGUGCGGUCAGAACGUGACAUUCUCGCCGAGUCUGAUAGUCCUUGGGUUGUCAAGCUGCACACCACGUUCCAGGACAACACGUUUCUCUACAUGCUCAUGGAAUUCUUGCCAGGUGGUGAUCUGAUGACCAUGCUCAUCAAGUACGAAAUCUUCACAGAAGACAUUACGCGUUUCUACAUGGCCGAAAUCACGCUUGCAAUAGAAGCGGUCCACAAGCUUGGCUUCAUUCACCGUGACAUUAAGCCUGACAAUAUUCUUCUCGACCGGGGCGGCCACAUCAAGCUGACGGAUUUUGGUCUUUCAACGGGUUUCCACAAGGAGCACGAUGCUGGAUACUACAAGAAGCUGCUUGCCGGCGGCGCGCACAAGUCGAACCGCGACAACAGACAGUCAAUGAACCUUGACCAGAUUCAAUUGACAGUUAGCAACCGUACCCAAAUCAACACAUGGCGCAAGUCUCGCAGACAGCUCGCCUACUCCACCGUCGGUACGCCCGACUACAUUGCGCCGGAGAUUUUCAGUGGCCAAGGUUACGACUACAGCUGUGAUUGGUGGUCCGUGGGUACUAUCAUGUUCGAGUGUCUUAUCGGCUGGCCACCGUUCUGCGCUGAGGAGCCUCAUGACACAUAUCGCAAGAUUGUUGACUGGCCACGCAACCUGCACUUCCCUCCAGACCAGCAACUCGGAGCUGAAGCUGAAGACUUUGUCCGAAGACUUAUCUGUGACGCUGACCACCGUCUUGGUCGCAUUGGUGGCGCCAGUGAAAUUAAACAGCAUCCCUUCUUCCGCGGUGUGUCCUGGGAUGGCCUGCGCCGCAUCCGAGCGCCAUUUGAGCCCAAGCUACAGUCCAACAUUGACACACAAUACUUCCCCAUUGAUGAGAUUGACCAGAACGACACGUCGGCUGCCCACAGGGCGCAGGCAGCGCAGGCAGGCGAAGACGAAUACGCAACGAGCUUGCCAUUUAUCGGUUAUACCUACAAGCGAUUCGAUGCUUUCCGUGGUUCGUAGGUUUAGCCAGUACUCUGUUUGGUCAACUUUUUCUGUGCAUCCUGUCCAUGUUUGUUAACAGCAGUGCUUCUGGUAUGCACAAAUCAAACUAUAUCAUCAUCUAUCGACAUCUUCUGAGCCAGCGUGUUGGACAUUAUACAUCUCAGCAAAGGAGAAUGCAACGUUUUCUGGAGCAUCUUGGAAAAGGGCGAGGACGAGGCAUAAGAAGGCAGGGGGUAUUCAUGUAAAAGGUCACAAUAAAGAAGAGACAAUAC